GCUUUGUUAAAUGACCUUCCCUUGUCAUCAUCCGGGACUUUACACGUAUCACAACGCGCAGGCGCAGUACUCCACUGUGGUUCGACCUCUGCAGUCGGUAGAGAGACCCGGGCUUCAACCAUAUUUGACCGAACCGGUUAAAACUACCUAAACUUGAAAAAUGUACGCCUGUGCGAAGUUUGUUUCCACGCCGGCUCUGGUCCGUGCUGGUUCCCGGGCUCUUUACAGACCCAUGUCUGCCUCUGUGCUCUCCAGGCCUGAUGGCAAAACAGAGAGCUCUGUUGCUGUGAUGCCACAAAGCCCCCUCACACAGGUCACACUGAGAGGCUUCCAGACCAGUGCCAUCAGCAGGGACAUUGACACCGCCGCCAAGUUCAUUGGUGCUGGAGCCGCUACAGUCGGAGUCGCUGGAUCUGGUGCUGGAAUUGGAACAGUGUUCGGUAGUCUCAUUAUUGGCUAUGCCAGGAACCCAUCUUUGAAGCAGCAGCUGUUCUCAUAUGCCAUCCUGGGUUUCGCCCUGUCUGAAGCUAUGGGACUAUUCUGUUUGAUGGUUGCUUUUCUGAUCCUGUUUGCAAUGUAAAGCACUGCCCUCCCAACACUUUCAUUACAGAUGUGACUACAUAUUUUAUUGUGGCUUCUAAAAUUGUUCAGUGUUGGUGUCAUGGAAAUGUAAAUUUUUCAAGUCUUUCCGACACAGUCAAAAUUAAACAAAACAUGUACAAACAUAACAAUGUGCGUGAAUUUAAUACAUGCAUUUGAGUAUUUAUCAGUGGCAGCAACGUCUAUGUCUGGAAUAUCAUGGUAACUGAAAGCAGUUUGCUCUCACAAAUGUCAGAACAUCUUCUCCCCUUGUGAAUCAACUUGCUUUCUGAGAGUUAUAUGGGGUCCACCGUCAUAAGCACUUAACUCAGUUGCAGUUAAGUAGAACUGUAAGAGGCAACAAGUGAUUACUUGCUUUUGUAAAUCACGUUGAAUAAAUCUAGAUUGAAUUAUAA